GCAGUAGUUUAAAUGUCUUAUUUAUAGCGUCGUCUGUCAAAAAUCUAUCCUGUAAUUGAACGUUUUAGAGCGUUCUUAAUAGUUUUUAGGACUUUUAAAGUGGGCCCUUAAAAUGCCUAAAUACUAUUGCGACUAUUGUGACACAUAUUUAACCCACGAUUCCCCUAGCGUGAGGAAAACGCACUGUACAGGGCGCAAACAUAAAGACAACGUGAAGUUUUUCUACCAAAAAUGGAUGGAGGAGCAGGCCCAGCAUUUGAUCGAUGCCACAACGGCUGCUUUUAAAGCUGGUCGUAUAGCGAAUAACCCCUUUGCUCAGCCCGGCAAAGGGGUGGCGAUACCACCGCCGGCGCAGCUGGCCGCCAUGGGUCAGAGACCGGGAGGGCCCGGCAUGAUGCCGCCCAACAUGGGUCCUGGUCCCAUGCCCCCCAUGAUGAUGGGGCCGCACGGGCCCAUGCCGCCCAUGAUGGGCAUGCGGCCCCCAAUGAUGGGGAUGAUGCCUAUGGGGCAUAUGGGACCCAUGGGGCCUGUGAGACCACCCAUGGUGAAUCCGCAGCAAAUGAAGAAUUAGGUGACUCCAUAGAAUUUUAUUUAAGGAUUUAUUGUGUAAUUGUUUAAAUGAAUAAAUUUGUGACAAUUUUUUA